UUGAAGUCCGGUACUCGCGUUCCGUACUCACGUUAGACAUCUUUGAUCAUAGGCUGUCUACGACGCUAAGUUUUCUUGCAAUUUUUAAUUGAUAAUAUUAGCUUCGUAUGCAUACAAAGGUACUGUGAUCAUCCUUUCUUGCUGGCACGCACUUUUCGAAUGAUAUUCGCACGAAUAGAAUAAUACUCUGAAUAACUGGCAGCGUCUUGUGAAUUUGGUGCCUAAUAUUUUUAGUGGAUCGCAUGCAGAAAGAUGGAAUCACGAUUACCUAAGCCAAAGGUAGUGUUAAGAAAGGGGCUUAACACUGUGAAUGUAAAUACUGAAGAGAGUGUAAAUGGUCAUUCUCAAAGAAACAAGAAUUUAGUAAAAGCACUAUCAGAUGAAAAUCUUAAGAAUGACACACAGAAUUCGAAAAAGUACAAAAGCACGCAUAAUAUUCCAGGGCAAAUAAAAGCAGAAAUAAUAGUGCCCCAAAAACAUGUCUUAGUCAGAGCAAAAACACAUGGAGUAAUCACAAGAAGUACAGGUACCACAAAAGUUGCCAUCAAGAGACCUGGAACUGCAAAUGAACCAAGUGAAAAUAAAAGACCAAAUAUCAAACCUGCGCCAAAACCAAUCACGACGUCAAAAGUAAUGAGAAAUACUACUGUUACGACUACAAAUAAAACUAAUAACUCAGAAGUCACGAAAGCUGUAACCAAGCAAAGACCUAAAUGGGAUUUGAAAGGACGGUUAGAGGAAGCUAGCAAUGAAUUGGGUAUUGUAAAAGAAAAGCACAAGUCGAUCGCACAACAGAACAUUGAGCUGAAAUCUCAAAUUGAGUGUUUACGAGUACAAGAAGAAAAAGACAGGUUGAAAGCAGAAAAGUAUGAAUUGGAGAGUUCAAGAUUGACCCUAGAAGUGGCUGUCUUACAGAAUAAAAAUACGGAUUUGCAGAAUGAUAUUAAUGACCUAGGCAAAGAGCAUGUAGCCUUGAAAGAAGAUUUAUCGCUUGCAAAAGCAAGCCUACAGACUUAUCAGGAAAAGUCAGAAAUCCAAGCAAUUGAGUUGCUCAAAGCAACGCAAAAACUUGAUGACUUCAAAGCUGAGAACCAAUUGCAUAAAAAUGCUAUUGCCAAAUUAACUCAAAAAAAUGAUGAGCUUCAAAGCUUGGUUCACUUGAUGGAUAAAGAUCGAAGACAAUUGCAUAAUACAAUUCAAGAAAUGAAAGGAAAUAUUCGAGUCUUCUGCAGAGUACGGCCUCGUAUCGAAAAGGAAAUUACCAAAGGAACGUGCUCUAUGGUAUUUACGGACGAGUGUACCAUUGAGAUUGGUAAAUCUGAAAUCACGGAAGCUUCAACCUGCGGUGGUCGACCCCGCGGUACUCGGCAGGAAUUUACAUUUGAUAAAGUAUUUCCUCCCAACACAAGCCAAGCUACCGUAUUUGAGGAGCUCGCGCUGCUAGUACAGUCCGCACUUGAAGGAUAUAAUGUUUGUGUUUUUGCUUAUGGUCAGACUGGGUCUGGCAAAACUUACACUAUGGAAGGCUACCCAAGUGAUGAUUGUGAAGGGAUGAUACCGAGAACAGUCAAACACAUCUUUGAGGAAAAGAAACAAUUUGAGAUUCUUGGAUGGGAAUACGUUGUAGAAGCUAGCUUCUUGGAGAUAUACAAUGAACAUAUCGUAGACUUAUUAGACGACCAUCCUAAAACUCACGAAAUUCGCAUGACGGAUUCGAAAGGCACAGAUAUUUAUGUAACUAAUCUCCGAAUUGUAAAAGUAAAUAGUCCUGCAGAAUUAGAAGACUGCUUGAGAUUAGCGCAAAAGAACCGUGCAGUAGCGGCUACACAUUCCAAUGAAAGAUCUUCACGGUCACACUCGGUGGCAAGAAUACGACUCAUCGGAACUCACAAAGUGAGGAACGAGGUUUGUACCGGUACAUUGAACUUGGUUGAUUUGGCUGGUUCAGAAAGAUUACGAAAUGAUGAAAUUGCAAGAACGACUGAAACCAAAAACAUCAACAAGUCCCUAGCUAAUUUGGGAAAUGUAAUUUUAGCGUUGUUAAAAAAACAAGAUCAUGUGCCAUAUCGAAACUCUAAAUUAACUCAUCUAUUGAUGCCCUCGCUUGGUGGAAACUCAAAAACAUUAAUGUUAUUGAAUAUUUCCCCGUUAGAUGAGUGCUUCAAUGAAACCCUCAACUCUUUGAGAUUUGCUAGCAAUGUCAACAAUUGUAAAACUGGAAGUGUUAGACGUACGCGAGCUGCACUUACUAGUUCUAUAUAAAAGUUGAAUGGCAUUUUUAAAACUCCGACUGAUUGUAAAAUAUUCUUAUACAUAACGAUAAUACCUACUUGUACAUUAUUUUGUAUUAUCACUUAUGCAAACCCAGUGAUUUAACAUGAAUAAUUCUAUCAUAAGAUAUUUUACGAUGAAACUGCGACACAUUUAGUUGAAUUGAUAUUUUAUAAAAUAAAAAAGGUCAAAAAUAUAAAAAUG